UCCUUCUAGGUUUCUUUAUUUAAGAUCCAUCUCCCACUACUCACACAGUCUCCGUCCCGACACCGCCCGUCCCGCUCCGAUGGGGAGCCUGAACCGGAGCCGGAUACCCUUCUCCGCUGCCGGCGGCGGGCCUCACCACCACCCCCUCCCUCUCUUCACGAGGGCCCACCAGAUCGGUGCUCUCGCUCUCGUCGUCGUCACCUUCCUCCUCACCCGCGCCUUCGACCGCCUCUCCUGCCCCCUCUCUUCCCCUGCUCCCCUCGCCGCAGGCCACUCCGCCGCCUCUCUCUUCGACCGCGCUGGUGCCUUCUCCUGGCCCGAGCGGGGCUAUGGCUCCCGCCUUGACCUCAAGAUCUACGUCUAUGAGGAGCGCGAGGUUGACGGCCUCCGCGAGCUCAUGCGCGGCCGCGACGGCAACAUCUCCCCCCAGGCCUGCCUCAAAGGCCAAUGGGGCACUCAGGUCAAAGUCCACCAGUUACUUCUCAAGUCAAGAUUCAGGACACUGAAGAAGGAGGAGGCGGAUUUAUUCUUUGUUCCAGCUUAUGUUAAAUGUGUUCGGAUGAUGGGUGGUUUGAAUGAUAAAGAGAUAAAUCAGACCUAUGUGAAGGCUCUGAGCCAAAUGCCACAUUUCCGCUAUUCAGGUGGUCGUGAUCACAUCUUUGUCUUCCCUAGUGGUGCUGGUGCUCACUUAUUUCGCUCUUGGGCAAAAUUUUUGAAUCGAUCCAUCAUCCUCACUCCAGAGGGUGACCGCACAGAUAAGCGAGAUACAAGUGCUUUUAAUACAUGGAAAGAUAUCAUCAUCCCUGGGAAUGUUGAUGACGGGAUGACUACAUUUCAUGGGUCCACUAUUGUCCAACCAUUACCCCUUUCCAAGAGGAAAUAUCUGGCUAACUUUCUAGGACGUGCCCAGGGAAAGGUUGGACGUCUUCAAUUGGUGGAGCUAGCUAAGCAAUAUCCUGAUAAGUUGGAAUCUCCAGAGUUGAAGCUCACUGGGCCUGACAAAUUGGGAAGGACUGAAUAUUUCAAUCAUUUGAGGAAUGCUAAGUUCUGCCUAGCUCCACGUGGCGAGUCAUCAUGGACACUUCGGUUCUAUGAAGCUUAUUUUGUGGAAUGUGUCCCAGUUAUCCUAUCAGAUCAAGUGGAACUACCUUUUCAGAACGUGAUUGACUACACCCAGAUAUCCAUCAAGUGGCCAUCGACUCGGAUAGGGACCCAACUCCUGGAGUACCUGGAAAGCAUACCGGAUGAAGAGAUAGAGGGUAUGUUAGCUCACGGCAGACAGGUCAGGUGCCUGUGGGUUUAUGCCCCAGAAACUGAGCGGUGCUCUGCCAUGGUAGGAAUCAUGUGGGAACUACAGAGAAAGGUGAGGCGAUUUCACCAGUCUGCAGAAACAUUUUGGCUUCACAACAGGACUAUUGUUAACAGAGACUUGGUUGAAUUCCAAAAUUGGAGAACGCCUAUACCUUUGCCUUGAUGGCAUCUCAGAGUUGAGAUUGAUUCUGUUGGAUGUGAAAACCUGAUUUCUUUACGUCAUGUUAUUUCAUUUAUGCUUGGGAACCUGUACAUAUACAUACAGAUUUUUUGAACCUGGAGAUGUACAAUAUUUGGCAGAUAUACGUGGUUCUUUUGUCGGAGACAAGUGCUCCAAAAGAAACAUGCUAUUGUGAAACGGACUUCAAACAGGAAAAAUGGAGAAUUCGAUGUAGGUUUUGU